UUGAGAGAGAAGGGAGUGCAAAGGAAACCGUCCAUAUUACCGCUGCUUUGUCAGCACUUUUCAAGGUGAUGGACCCUCCUGGUGGGGGAGACGAACGGCAGAGGCAGGCUGAGCGUCUUCAUCGGGAGGAGGCUUACUAUCACUUCAUUAAUGAAUUAAAUGAAGAGGAGUACCGCCUAAUGAGAGACGGCAACCUGCUUGGCACCCCUGGGGAGGUGACUGCUGAGGAGCUCAGGCAGCGUCUUGAUGGAGCAAAAGAGCGCAUGUCUUCUCAGCCCCGUACUGAGCAGCGCGCGCAAACCGCUGAUUCUGGAGAACAGCAGGGCAGCAGCGGCGAGGGAGAGGAGAGAGCGGCUGGAGGCAGACGAGGAGCAGGGGCCGCAGAGCCAGGAGCCGAACCAUCUAAUGGUGACUCAUUACUGGAGUGGCUGAACACUUUUAGACGCACUGGCAAUGCUACUCGCAGUGGGCAAAGUGGCAACCAAACAUGGCGUGCUGUCAGCCGGACCAACCCUAACAGUGGAGAAUUCCGCUUUAGCCUUGAGAUCAACAUUAACCAUGAUCAGCCAGAGCCGGGGGAGUAUAAUGACACUGUGGUCACUGCAGAACUGCCAGUGGCGGCCCAGAAUAUAACUUCACCCUCUAUACGCACUGCUUCCACAUUUCCCAACCCUCGCCCUUCAACCACGCCAAGGCCAGUCCCGUACCCCACCCCUCGCCCAGCCCUCAGUAGGAGGAUGCAGACACGGCGUGCACGCAACAGCACUACCACUCUUUCUAUGAGCCCCCCUGCACUUCAUGCACCCGUGGCCUCCCCACGUGCUGUUCAGAGGAGAAGUGCCACUUUGCACUCUUUGGCACCUCCUCCUACUGUUCCCAACCCUCCUAUUGAUCAACUGACACCGUCGCAACAUCAAGGCCUGAAUGCCGAAGUAGAGCAGAGCAGUGAUAAUAUGUCUGCUUCUCUAGACUGUCCCUGUGUGUCACUGCAGUCUAGGUCUCAGGCCCCAGCAGUGGGACAUGAAUCGCGUGGCAGGAGGACUCGAUCACGUGGUCGUCCACGCAGGGCUAUUGCAGGGGCCGGGGUUUCAUCCCGCUUAUCAAGGCACAGCCGUUCCCCCUUGCACAGAAUACCUGUUGCCAGUACCGCUCUCCCAUCAAGUAGUGGUGUCGGUGGCUCUAGCAGCCAAACUAUUGAGCCAGGCAGUGGCACAGGCUCUGUUUCCAUGGAGACGGUGGAGGCUGUGGCAGAACCUGCAGCUCUGACGGAGCUAACUGUAGACGCAGGAGAACGCAAUGGUGAAUCGCAUGUAGUAGGAGCAGGAAGUGCAGUGGUGCGACGGCACCCAACCAUCAUGUUGGACCUGCAAGUGAGAAGAAUCCGACCUGGUGAAAACCGGGAUCGGGACAGCAUCGCCAGCAGAACGCGUUCUCGUGCCCGGGUUGCAGAGAAUACAGUCACCUUUGAAAGUGACAGUGGUGGAUUUAGACGCACCAUCUCCCGCUCUGAGCGAGCUGGGAUCCGCACCUAUGUGAGCACUAUUCGGAUUCCACUGAGACGCAUCAGUGAGACAGGCCUGGGGGAGCCCAACUCAACCGCCCUGCGUUCCAUUUUGCGCCAGAUCAUGACUGGAUUUGGGGAGCUGAGCUCCCUAAUGGAGACAGAGGCUGAUUCUGAAUCUGUUGCACCUAGCCACACAGAUGCUAGUGUUACAAAUAGUAGCAGCAGCCCAGCCAGUCGUCUGCAUACAAAUGAGACCGAAGCUGGCCAAGUUGGUACAGGUAGGGUAGAUCAAGAGAGGGUGGGAGGGGAGGAGGACCAGGGUGGGCAGGCCAGGCUCGGAGGAAGCGUAGUGACCACCGCAGAAGGCCGAGCCACCAGCAGAGACACCAACAACCUGGUAGAAAAUGGUACUCUACCUAUCCUCCGGCUUGCACACUUCUUCUUACUCAACGAUGAGGAGGAUGAUGAACACCCGAGGGGCCUGACCAAAGAGCAGAUUGACAAUCUAUCCACGCGCACCUAUGGUCAAGCCAGUCUGGAGGGGGAGAUAGGUCGUGCAUGCAGUGUUUGCAUCAAUGAGUAUGCCCAGGGCAACAAGUUGCGCCGCCUGCCCUGCUCCCAUGAAUUUCACAUCCACUGCAUCGACCGCUGGCUCUCUGAAAACAACACCUGCCCCAUCUGCAGGCAGCCCAUACUCGCAGUGCAUCAAGAAUGACCCAUUUGCUCAAAAUCACAGCUAUCAAGUUCCUGGCUGGCUGAACUGAGUAGACCCAAGUGGGCUUUGCAUGUACAUAGGGCUUUAAUGGUUUAAUUUUUUUCUCGAAAAUAUCCAUUGUGUUGAAGUUGAAGACGGUUGAACCAAAAGUGCGGGGUAAAAAACUAUAAAUGCAGAGAAUUUACUAAACUUUAUUUUUUUAGACUCUUUGUUUUCAGCAACUUUUAUUUUCUUCCUAUGACCCGUUUCACUGGUUUCUGUCACCAAGCUUCAGAGGCCCAUGUCGUUGGAUGGCAUUAAUGCUUAAUUAAGGAGCUCCUGACGUCACAGCUGACUCGUCUCACCUUAACUCUCAUACGUGUGACAUCUCCUUGUCACAGCUGGUCCACACAAAUCACUUCUAGACUUGCUUUCUUCAGUAUAAGCUGUAAAUAACUCCCCACUGCUUGUAGUUUUUUAUUGUUUUGACACAAGUAGCUCUUCACAAGCCAUGUGUUUAGAACGGAAGCAGGAAACUCUUUGUUUUGUUUUAUAAUUCACCAUUUUAAAGCUUUGACAUCCAUUUUAAAGUGUCCCUCUGCAAUUGUUUAAGAAAUAUGAUUUAUUGGGAUGUGUAUGACAUAUGUAUUUAAUUUUGAAAGAAGUUUUAUUCUGUAUGUCUAGUAUUUGUUUAAGCUCUUUCCAUACAUACAUUUCUGUAUAAUUGCAAUACAGAAUUCAUCCAUAAAGGUCACCCACUUGGAAAUGAUAAACAUUACCCCAUAUCAGCAGCACACAGAGUGAAAAGGCAGAAGGCAUGUGAUAAUCAGGAAUUCAGAGAUGUAAUUUAGUAUGAGUUGUGCAAUACGGAGUUGUUCAUUGUUGUUUACAUUGUAAUGCCUGAUUAUCAUCUCCACUUAAAAACAGUCUUGUUUACCCUGAAAUCAAAGUUUCCUCUUGGUUCCUGUUGCUAAUGCGGAUCCAUAUCUGACCGACACCCCGGAACCUAUAUCACAAAGUUUCAUUGAGUACUAAGUCUGGUACAUCGGCUGAGCAAAAACCUGGCGCAUAGCUCUUAACAAUAAAAAUUAAUUUUCUCUUUUAAAAAAACCCGAUUUUUAUGAGAGAGCUGAUGCCAAAUUCUCAAUGUUUGGAACAUCUACAAUUUUGAGAAUCCGUUAACUCAUCUCAAUUUCAUUAUUGUCCCUGUGCAAUGGUUACAGUGUAAUGCUUGAAUGAGGCAGUGUUAGUUAUGAUAAUCCUGUUAGCACUUUAUUAUUUUUUCUUUACAUUACUUGCUCAGAUGUUGGCAUUUCCUAGUGUAGCACAGGUGACUUAUUAAAUUGAACCCCCUAGUCGGUGUGUUGCCACCAGGGUCACUUUGAACACCAACAGUCCACAGGAGCUGCUACAUUGCUGCAGUUAAUGUGACACUAAUAAUACAGCAGGAAGGAUGCAGCUGCGUGUGUGUGUGAGAGAGAGGUUUGUUGGGGGGGGUUGUAUGGUUUAAUUGUGGGUGCAUGUACGUUUGUGUGGGUGCUGAAGGAAAAUGUCCAGUGUCCCAGUAAACCUGGUUCUCAGAAGGCUUCUGUUCAACUUAUGUCCACCUUGGAGAGGGUUGUGGCAAAUGAGCUCAGAAAUUACUAUUUAUUCUGUUCCUAUUUAAUAAGAUGGAAACUUUUGAAAUAUGUAUUAUGUUUCGAUGUGAUGAGAGUAAACAUUUAAGAUAAAUAUGUUACUAUGUAAUAAAUUGCAGACAUGGGUUUUUUUCUCUGCUCCUUAACAAUGGAAUAAAAUACAGCUUUGCUAUGCUUGGA